UGCGCAGGAGGCAGCCGAGCCCGAUAGCCUGGUCCUCAAAUUGUUGCUGGCCAUUCCCUAGUUUAGAACUAAUGGUGGUGAUUUUCAUGUUCCACCAGAAUAAGAUUGAGAAUCAAUGAAAUCAGAUUCUUCCAACUUGUGUGAUUAUUUUUUUUAAAAAAAAGCAGCGAGGAUAACCCUUCACCUUCGAAGGCUUAUGUAGCUCAGUAUUGUACGUGCAUGCUGGGAAGUAAAUCCACUUGAGAUUCAAUGGGAAGCUAACGGUAUUAUAAUUAAACGUGGCGAAAAUCAGGAUUCUGAGAAAGCAUUCAUUAAGUUAGAUAAGCCUAAUUAACAAUUUGAUCGUCCCAUCAGGUAUUCAUGCCUAUUUCAGUUCUACUGAGACCAGCAAUUCGUGUGUAAAUCAAAUCUAUUAUAGGCCCAGGGGCUAUUUGUUAUAUUUAUUAUAGCCUAAACCUGUUGCACUCUGACAAUAAAAUUAAAUCAGUCAAAAAUUAAUCAAAGGCCAGAAGUAAAUACAAACAAGUUUACAAUUGGAAUGCCUUUUUAUUUAGACGACCCGUGAAUGUAAUCCCACUGAUUUCAGUGACUAUGGUUCAUGUUAAACUAAUGCUGAUCCAACUCAGAGUGCUGAGUGAUUUUUAAAAAAAAACUCAGCAAAAUUGGGGAAUGAAUAUUAUUACUCAGCCGGGGUGAGCCUUGGAGAGAGGUGCUUGUGCAGGGGCGGAUGUGUGAUAUUCGGCGGCUGCCCGCAACAUCCAUAACAAUUUCUGGAGUCUACGGCUGCCUCUGUGUUCUCUCUGCCGUGGCAACCCGUUUGUGACCGGAACCUUUUGUGACGCUACGUGGACAGAAGUGCGGAGCCGAGGAGAAUAGGUCGUUGCGCUGUACGGCGAUAGGGGGAACGGAUUUUCUUCGCUCCCACUUCGCAAGCAAAGAUGUUGCCUUCCCUUCAGGAGUCCGUGGACGGAGAUGACAGGGAGCUGGAGAGCAGCGAGGAAGGAGGCGGUUUACCCGAGGAACGGAAACCGGAGCGUAGCAGCAACAGUUACCACUGCUUGUACGGCUUCCGAGGCUCCGGAUUACACCAAGGGUCAGGCAGUGAUGUUGGGAGUCCAAGCAAAUCAUCAGUUGAAACAUCUUCAGAUGACUUCAGCCUUUCAUUGGUGGACACUAAUUUACCAACUGAAGCUGAGAUGGAGUUGCGUGGUUUGGUUGCCAAGCAUCUUAACAAAGGAGCCUUGUUUGAGGGGAUGGGCAAUGUUAUAUCGGUCGAGUUGAGCAUUCCAGAAACUCGCGUUGGUUGUUAUUACUGCGUGUUCCAGCCGGAAAAAUGUGCAGAAGGAGAUGAUCCUGAAUCGAGAGAGAAUCCCUUGGAGUAUGUCAUCUGUUUUUUAGGAGGCUCAGAGAAGGGGCUUGAACUGUUCAGACUUGAGCUUGAUGGAUAUGUUCAAGAUAUGAAGACUUGUUUAGAUUCAAAGCAAAGCAACCUGGAGACCUGCAUUCAACCGCUCCUGAGAACCUGGUUUGAGGAUUUGGUGUGCCCUAUUCAGAGGGUGGUGAACCUUUUCAAGGAGAAACUUGCCUUUGUGUUACAUGCUGCUCUGAAUUGCACUCCUGUUGAAGUGAAUGGAUCUGAAGAAAGGACGGAGAAGGAUAUUAACAGGUUCCUUCGAGCAGCAAGUCUUCAAGAUCUGGUCAGGGAAACUGUGACAACUUCCUUAUGCACAGCCGCAGCCACAGAGGAGCAGUGCAAAUCAGUGGUGAUUGACUUGAAUGGGCCACAGCUUUGCUUCCAAGGUGCAGAAACAAAUAGGUUCUGCGAAGAUUGGACACAAGCAUUUCUGAAUGUUUCCGAAGGGGGGAAUCCUUUUCUUUUUCGACAAAUACUGGAAAACUUUAAAUUGAAGGCCAUACAGGACAUCAACAACCUGAAGCGGUUCAUCCGGCAGGCAGAAAUGAGCCAUUACGCCUUGUUCAAGUGCUACCUGUUUCUAAAAAACUCUGGCAGCGGCGACGUGCUCUUGAAGAUUGUCAAAGUAGAAUAUGCAGAAAUGCAGGAAGCCCGGAAUGUCAUCAGUGUGCUGGAAGAAUUCAUGAGGGACCAGCUUGGAGCUUAAAUCCUCCUCCUGAACUGAGGGUGGCUUGUCCGGUACCAAGUCAGCGUGGCUCCGUGUAGAAUCAACAGUGCUUGAGCAUGUAGGCCAUUUUUGUGUUAAAUCAUGUGAACUUACCGUGGAGAGCUGAUCUCAGUCCCAGCUCCUCACAAUUCACAACUGCGUGGUCCAUAAAAGAAAACCCUUCUCACAGCAUCUACUGUGAGGUUGAGUUAAAUUGGUAUUUGUUGGUAUGGGAACAAGCUGAGUGUUCAGGCACUCGCCCUCCUCCCUGCUUUCUCUUGUCUGUCUGGCUUGUAAAACCAUAUUUUGUUUCCCUGUAGUAUCCAAACUGUGGUUUUAGGCUUUCCUUAUACACUGCGGUCGAAAGCGGGAUUGAUCCGGAGCUUGCAGUCCCUACAUGUUAGCCUGGAAUUUUCAAUAAGCACCAGCUGCUCUAGACAAAGAACAAUGGGGUUGAUCUAGACUUCAGCAUUGUGUGGAUCCUGGUUAUACUUCCUAGAGACAAAAUAAGCAUAAGUGGCUUUGCCAGCAUUAUUAAUUGUGUGGAAGUCUAGAAGCCCAAAUGGCUUAUGAGCAGAUUCAUGUACAGAUCUUGGCUAGCCAAAAGCAGCAUAGCUGCACGUCUGGAUCAAGCAUAUGGAUUUACUCCCAUUCUGUCUUGCUGGUUUUUACACAUGCACGCACACACACACACACACACACACACACACACCCCACCCCAGCAACAAGCCAUUUACCUUAAUGCAUGCACUCUCUCUCAGUCCGUCAGGGUCGCUGAACUUGGAGCCCCAAAUAAAGUACACAUUGGUCAAAUGAAUUAUUAGUUAUUUAUAUUUGUACUUGUAAAACUUGACCCCAUUUUUACAAGUUGUAGAUAAUGGGGUUUUGGUGAGGUAUGCUUAUAUCAACCACUCACUGGGCAGGGAGAGGGAGGGGGAGAGAAAGCUGAACAGUACAUCUGAAAUAAAAUCUAUGCACAAAAUUGUUUGUGGAAAACUCUGCUUACGUACAUGAUAGAAAAAUAUUUUGACAUUUCUUAUAUCAUGCUGCUUUGCAAGCACACUCUUUGCUUGAAUAGCCCUUGAUGGGAAAAGCAUGUUCUAUUCAGCAUAUUUUUUAAGGCAGAAUUACUUUGUUUGGUGCUAUAACAAUAAGCCAUGGAGGAAGAUUUUAACCGUUCUAGGAGAAUAAAGGUUCAUACUUCUUGCAUUUGCUAAUUCAGCGUACAUUGUGGGGCAGUGGAAUCAACCCAAGUGACUAAUCAUGAGUAUUAAAUUUGGCGAACAUUAAUGUAUUUUUGCUGCACAAAUUCAACCUGUGAAAUUCUGUGAGCUCUGAUUUGCAUUCUGUUUGGAGAUCUUGGAGAGGCUCAGAAAUCUUUCUUUAAUGCGGAACUGUUGAGUAAUUAGGAUAUUAAAUGCAUUCCCCUUCAAGCAAGGUUGGCUUUGUUCCUGUAUCCGUUCAUUGCUACCCUGAAAGAUUGAACAUAUCUCGUUUGCCUCACCGUAUUUCACCACUUGUUCUGAACACAGGAAAGGUGGUUGCUAGUAAGCAGUGGUGGUGUUGGACUUGAAUUUUGGGGCAGAUGUUGUGUCUUGCCCGCUCUCACAGCAGCCGGGGCCUUCUUAUCUGCUCCCGAACACAGAGGAAUGCAUGCCUCCCGGCCCCAGUCCUGGCUCCAUGCCCAGACAAGCUGCAGAGGAGGGAGCACCCCCCGGCCCCAGCCCUGGCUCCAUGCCCAGGCAAACGGAGCAGCUAGACCCCUCCCCCUCCUCCACAGCAUGUGAGCCUGAGGAGGGUUUAUUACCAACUGCUGAUUGGAGUGACCCUCGCAUCAGAAGAUUGGAUAGGCGGAGGCAACAGAAGGAAGGGAGGGGCAGGCCUUAAUGAGUGCUGAGUCAUGGAGCCACACCCCAUGGCCUAUAUAAAGGAUCUGCUUUCUGGCAGUCUCUGAGUCAGGCAAAGUCGAACUUAUCUUGCUGAAGUCACUUUCUGGUCUCCUGCCUGCUCUGAGGACUUUGCUAGGACUUUGGGCAGAGCUGCAGAGGCAAGCCUGAUUCGGAUUUCCCUGACCCGGCCGUCAGCGGAGGAGUGGGACACGACAGCAGAGGUGCGCUGAGUGUUGGGAGUGGGGAGGUUGGAUGACAAACCCAAUUCUGAUUCAGGGCCCAGUUCAGAGGAAGAGAGUUCCCCAAAUCCUAAGGAUUUUGAAUACGGUUUGAGCUAAAGUGUUAUUUAAUAGGACUAUGGUUCGAGAUUAUUAAACUGAACUUUAGACCUAAAAUGCUUACCAUUUAAUUAUUUGUAGAAAGUAGUCAUUCUUUAAAAAAAAAAUGUGGAUGUGAACCAAGCAGAAAACAUUGCAUCUAACCUGGAAAUAAAUUCCUAUGUGAUGUGAAAAAAAUGUGAGGCGAUAUACAGAGGUCAAAAUUUGAAAGGAAGUUAUAUAGCCAGGAAACUUCACAAGAAUUGGCAGAGAAGAAAGAAACAAGCAACUGGAAAAAAGUAGAUUGGGUAGUUACCACUACUACUAAUUCUUCCUUAAAAAGGGUGUUGUUUUUUUUAAUGGAAGGAAGAUCGAUACAGGUAGUCCUUGACUUACAACCACAACUGGAUCCAGAAUUUCCAUUGUUAAAUGAGCCACAUCCAAUUUUAUGACCUUUUUUUUGCCACAGUCGCUAAGUGAAUCGCUGCUGUUGUUUAAGUGAAUCAUGCUUCCGUUAAGCCAAUCUGGCUUCUCCAAUUGACUGCUUGUCAAAAAAAUCUGGGAAGGCAGCAAAUGGA